AUGGAGUGCAAAGGGUGUAGAGAAAUUCCACCUGUGUCUUCAGACUACACUCCAAAGGGCACUUAUGAGAUUAUCGCGGGAUUAAAAACGUACGUUAUCGGCCCCCCGUCUCCCCAAAUUGCUAUCAUCGACGUCUACGACGUCUUCGGGCCGGCCCCUCAAACCCUGCAAGGUGCAGACCGUUUAUCCGCAUCCCUCAACGCGCUUGUCAUAGUCCCAGACUUCUGCAAGGGGGUUUACAUGCAAGAGGCAUGGAUGCCGCCCGACACUGACGAAAAAAAAGGGGCUAUUGAAAAGUUCCUGAGCGAGCCAGCUUCGAUCCCGAAGAACGCCGACAAAGUCAUCGAGGUGCGCAAGGUGGCUGGUGAGAAGUGGCCUUCGACCGGUGACCGCUGGGGUGUCUUCGGACUAUGCUGGGGCGGCAAGAUUGCUGUCCUGGUCUCUGGCAAAGGUAACGAUGGACCCGGGAGAGUAUUCAAGGCAAGCGGGACCGCGCAUCCGGGCCGGUUAGAAGCCGCGGAUGCGGAAGCCCUGACGGCCCCGCAUAUUUGCUUGGCUUCGCCUGGUGAGCCGGCCGAUAUCGUAGCGCAGUAUAAGGAGAUUUUGGAAAAGCCCGGGAGGGUAGGGGUUGUGGAGACGUAUGAAAGUAUGUUCCAUGGCUGGAUGGGUGCGAGAGCAAAUUUGGAUGACGAGAAUAAUAAGAAGGAAUUUGAGAGGGGUUAUAACCAGGUUGCCGAGUUUUUCGGGAAGUAUUUGUAG